AGUUCUCUUUUCUGGUCUGACUGGCUUGGAAAUUCCCCGUGCCUAACCCCGCCCCAGAGAAAUCCCCUGCCAGCGUUUAUAGGGCGCCGCGGCGGCGCUGCCGAGCCCACAACAGUCCGAGCCAGCCGUCCCGCCAGCCAGCGACACAGCGAGCAAGCAGCGCGCAGCCUGCGGCCGAGCGCACCUGGGUAGCAGCGCCAGAGCCCACACCGCCAUGUUUCAGUCGGCCGAGCGCGCCCAGGACUGGGCCAUGGAGGGUCCUCGGGAUGGGCUGAAGAAGGAGCGGCUGCUGGACGAUCGCCACGACAGCGGCCUGGACUCCAUGAAGGAUGAGGAGUACGAGCAGAUGGUGAAAGAGCUGCGCGAGAUCCGUCUCGAGCCGCGGGAGCCACCGCGCCGCGCGGGCGAGCCCUGGAAGCAGCAGCUCACCGAGGAUGGGGACUCGUUCCUGCACUUGGCCAUCAUCCAUGAAGAGAAGGCUCUGACCAUGGAAGUGAUCCGCCAGGUGAAGGGAGACCUGGCCUUCCUCAACUUCCAGAACAACCUGCAACAGACUCCACUUCACUUGGCUGUAAUCACCAACCAGCCAGAAAUUGCCGAGGCACUUCUGGGAGCUGGCUGUGAUCCUGAGCUCCGAGACUUUCGAGGAAAUACCCCCCUUCAUCUCGCCUGUGAGCAGGGCUGCCUAGCCAGUGUGGGAGUCCUGACACAGGCCUGCACCACCCAGCACCUGCCGGCCAUCCUGCAGGCCACCAACUACAACGGCCACACGUGUCUCCAUUUAGCCUCAAUCCAUGGCUACCUAGGCAUCGUGGAGCUGUUGGUGUCCUUGGGAGCUGAUGUCAAUGCUCAGGAGCCCUGUAAUGGCCGGACUGCCCUCCACCUCGCAGUGGACCUGCAGAAUCCCGACCUGGUGUCACUCUUGUUGAAGUGUGGGGCUGAUGUCAACCGAGUUACCUACCAGGGCUACUCCCCUUACCAGCUCACCUGGGGCCGCCCAAGCACGCGGAUACAGCAGCAGCUAGGCCAACUGACUUUAGAAAACCUUCAGAUGCUUCCAGAGAGCGAGGAUGAAGAGAGCUAUGACACAGAGUCCGAGUUCACGGAGGACGAGCUGCCCUAUGAUGACUGUGUGUUUGGAGGCCAGCGCCUGACGUUAUAAGUGAAAAGUGUCUGAAAGAACAUGGACUUGUACAUUUGUACAAAAAGAGAGUUUUAUUUUUCUAAAAAAAAAAUGAAAAAAAGAAAAAAAAAAUUCAAAGGGUAUACUUGUAAAUGCACUGCAUGCUACCCAGCCCGAACAUGCACAUAUGGUGGAACAGCCCUCGUGUUGGUUCUGUUUGGUUUUGUUUUUUAAUUUUGUGUGGGCACAAGAAAGAUCAUUGGAUUUUAAAGAAAACCUCUUUUAAACCUCACCUUUGUGGGGCUUUUGGAGAAAGGUAUCCAAAAUUCAAUGAAAGGACCAUUACUUUAUUUAUUGUGUUUCUUGGUUUGAACCAUCAUGGAGUGCGUGGCAGAUCCAGGUGUAUCCUGUGAUGUGUAACAACCCAGUGUGUGUGGUUAAACCUGUGGGCGGUGUGGGGUUCAAAGUCGUUCCCUGUCAAGGUUUGUGUUACCCUCCUGUAAAUGUUGUACAUAGUGUAUUUUGUUGGUAAUUAUUUUGGUACUUUUAAGAUGUAUAUUUAUUAAACCGGUUUUUACAAACAGA